CCCCCCACCCCCCUGUUUAAACUCGACUUGGUUGAGUCCAAAUCCAGAACACCAUGGCGAUUGAUGGUGGGGAGCGGAGCUGUGGAGUACACGAACUCAUCUGCAUCAGAAAAGUGUCUCCUGAGGCUCUGGGUUUCCUCUCCGCCGUCGCCGUUUUUGUUUUUCUUAUGAUUCUAGUUUUUUUGUUCCUCAAUAACAAACUGUCCAUUGAGAACGUCGCCCCCCAGCCGCUGGACCACUACAGGAAGGGGAAGGAGGCACCAGAUAAGGGCUAUGGAGAGGCGGAUUUUCAGGCCUGGUCAUCAGACAGCGAUGACGAGGUGAUGGGUCAGUAUCAGGAGGCCAUGACGCGCUCGCGGGGUCUCCGAGGCCGGUGCACAGGGGCUGCUGGAUCCCCUCAUCAUAAAGGCUUCAGCUGGGAGACGCAGCACAAAUACUGCCCCCUGUCGGCCGAGUACGACGGAUACAGCAGUGAGGCUUCUGCUGAGGACGUGAACUGUAUUCAGAGGAUGAGGUUGACUCCGCCCCUUGAUGAGCUCCAGCCACCGCCCUACCAGGAUGAAGACGGCUCGACCUCUGACCUCGCCGACACCAAGAGCGAAGCGCACGACCCCGAGAGCUUCAGCAACACCAAGGGCCUGGAGGAGGACGUCCCGAGUGACAGCACAGCCGUGGUCAGCCCCGAGGAUCUGUCUGUCCGUGGUUCCUCUUCUCCUCUCCUGAAGCUUUACUCUCCCGACUCGCCCUUCUCUCCGUUCGGGACGCUGCACAUCCUCUUCGACUACGAUUUGCACCAGCGCUGCCUCUCCGUCACUGUAACCGCGGUGACCGACCUCCCAUCACCGCGACGAUCGCCCGGGAUCACCUGGCAACUCCACCUAGUGCUCCUUCCCGCCAAAAAGCAGCGCGCCAAGAUGGCCGUGGCCAGGGGGCGGAGCCUCAGCAAGACCUUCCGCUUCAGCCACGUCCAGUCGGAGAGCAUCGGGAACUACGGCGUGCGGUUUCGUCUCUACAGCAUCAGCAAGAUCAAGAAGGAGAAGAAGAUGCUGGGAGAGAAACUGUUCUACCUCACCAAACUCAACCUGCAGGGCAAAAUGGCCAUCCCCCUGCCUCUGGAACCCUGCUGCAGCACCACAGCCAGCGAGACUCAGUCGAGUGUGUCUGCCGCAUCGUGCAGUGAAACAGCGUCUACGUUCCAGUCCGCCGGUCAAAGGUCAUCGCCUGAGAUUCUGCUAGGGCUUGUUUACAACGCCACCACGGGCCGCCUCUCUGUCGAGGUCAUCAAGGGGUGUCACUUCAAAAACGUGGCCACCAACAAACCGCCCAACACGUACGUAAAGCUGACCCUGCUGAACUCCAUGGGUCAGGAGAUGUCCAAGUGUAAGACGUCGCUGUGCCGCGGCCAGCCGAACCCCACCUACAGGGAGACGUUCGUGUUCCAGGUGGCGCUGUUCCAGCUGUCGGACGUCACGCUCAUCCUCUCCGUCUACAACAAACGCAGCAUCAAGCGCAAGGAGAUGAUCGGCUGGAUCUCUCUGGGCCUGAACAGCUCCGGCGAGGACGAGCUCACGCACUGGACUCAGAUGAAGGAGUCGAAAGGGCAGCAGGUGUGUCGGUGGCACAGUCUGCUCGAGUCUUAGAGGGCAUCACCACGAAGUGACAGAAUCAAGGAGGAGAGAAAAAGAGCAAGGAAGAAAGAAGUGGAGAAAAGAAAACUAGCAGAGCAAGGCAUUGUGGGAAAUAUCUCGGCGUCCAAUAGAGAGCAGGUGUGGCGUCGGCCUCUCCUCUUUACCGCAAGAUUUAUUGCAGGGAUGUGAGGAUGACGAGGAGGAGGAAGGAGGAGCAAGUGAAACAAAAUCUGGAGCCACGAUGAUAAUGAGGGAACUUUGGACACCUGAGUUCACCAGAGCAGUGCAUUCUGGGAAAUAUCUGUGUGUCAGUAGCACGGCCUUAGGAAUGUGAUGCUGAAGAGUGGAGCGAUGAAAGAUGAAAUACGUCAAGUGGGAUAAAAAUCUCAAGUCCUAGCGCCAUGAUGAGGACGAGGAAGAAGGAAAUCACCAGAGCAGUGCAUCAUGGGAAACGGUCAAGAAGCCAUUCUGUUGCCUUGAACGUUUUAGGAAUUCAGUCGGAUUUGAGCAAAACCACUCUUAACCCGCAGUGCAUUAUGGGGACAAAAAACAACUAACCUUUAAUGGAGGAGAUGGAUUUCUGUUAUUGUUAAUUUAUUUAUUGUUGUUAUUUAUUAUUCAGAGAACGAGAGAGCGAACAGAGACAGUGGAUCGGUGACGCCGUUUACAGGACAGAGGUCCAAGUUAACAGCCAUGAAUAUUCUGCUCCAAACCCUGCCUCACUUAGCCCCGCCCACACGAUCAGUUUUCGGUAGUCUGAAAUGAUUGCCCCUUUUUACCCCUUGGUUUGCUUCUCGAGCCGCCGAAACCCGAUACACCUUGAGAAGUGAGCGCCACCUAGAGCGCAGAAAAACUAUAACGCCGUGUGUCGUCUAAACGAAAGAUUUCGCCACAUGCAGGUUCACAGCGUCUCUCUUCUCAUCGCUGGUGAGGGUUUCGGCAUCGUUUACGUAAAUUUAGUCACGGCGAAUUAAAUGUCUUCCCAUUCGUGACGCCCGCACCUGAUUGGUUGAACGUUACAGAAGCACUCACUUGCAUAAAGUCGAGCCUCGCUGAGCUUUUAACCAUCUGGGCAGAGUUUACAACGAGGCCGAUUUCGUCAGUUUAGCGUCCAGUCCUCCAGCGUCCACAGCGUCAUAAACCAUGAUUAGCAUUGCUCACACGGUUCGUUAGCACUGACAGUGUGUGUUUCUGAAGCUGAAUUCUAUAAAAGAAUCGGUGAGGACAUCUUGUGGCUGUUUAAAAAUAAAAAUCAGUCAAAGAAAAAAAAAUCAAUACCAAUCACCGAUACCAAUCUCCCCAAUGUUUUAGUGAUUAGCAUGUUAGCACGUAGCUAUUAAUACAUCACACCAUUUGGUUUUUUUUUCCUUGAGCGAAGGAGGUUUGACCUCGUGAUCGUUACGUACUGUAAAUGCUUUAAAGAAUUUUUUCGUAUCUAUUUUUGUACCGAUCUUUAGGAAAACGUGCUACGAAGCUCCGUGAGCGUAGAUUUUGCAGGUUUCAGUCGUUUUGCCGUAAUUCUGUCAUCUUUAGUUAAGAUUAAUGAAUUAUCGAAAUGAUUUACUCUCACGGUUGUCCCAUUCUAAUGACGAGUUAAAAGAGGGGAAAGAAAACCUAGUGUAAAGUGGUGUGUGUGUGUGUGUGUGUAUGUGUGUGUGUGUGUCCAGAUAUUCUGCUGUCUCUGUCUGUUUUGUGCCGUGAUCUUCGCUGACAUCAGCAUCUCUGGAAAAGAUUAAUGAUGUUUGUAUUUUGUUACAAAAAAAGAGAAAGAUAUAUUGCUGUAGAUCUCUGAUGAAACAAGCACAUUUUUCUGCAAAUGCCACAGAAACACACCUUGUGAAAGAGACUUUCUCUCUCUCUCUCUCUCUCUCUCUCACUCACACACACACACACACACACACACACACACACUACGUAUCUGACUCCUAAAAAAGUGACCAAUCAACCAUCAUGACAUCAUUCUUCUGUUCUUUCCCAAAUGCUACAGCGCACAAGCUAAUGUUCUACAGCUAAUCUAACAGUGGCUAACGCUAGCCAGCUAGCUAGCACAAGCCGAUUUCUGGAAAGAUUAUUAAGUUCUUUCCCUGAAUCAUAACUGACGCUGUUACUAUUAGCCAUUUAGCUAGCAUGAGCUAACCUGACAGGAUAUCGGACCAGAUUUUUUUUUUUUUUAAUUCAUCUUCAUGAGAACCCAAUCUUUCCCAAACACGAACGCACACGAGCUCGUCUAACAGGAUUUCUGACAGGACGUUACACGUCCUGACUGCUGACAUCAAUCAGCUGUUUAACAUGAGCUAACCUGACAGGAUUCUUUUUCAUUCAUAUUCAUAAACAUCCUUAAUCUCCAUUAUUAGUGUUAGCCAGCUAGUUAUACAUGUGCUAACUUGAUGCAGCUAGCUAACGUGACAGGAAUUUUUCCAUUCAGAUUCAUGAACGGUCAUAAUCUUCCGUUAAUGUGGGCUAAACUGACGGGUUUUUAUUUUCUGUAAUAUUCCUCAAUAUUCCUGCGUCAUUGUCGGAUUUAACCAGGUAGCUAACAUGCUAACCUGACAGGAUAAUUUUUCAUUCAUAUUUAUAAAUGUUCAUGAUCGUCACUGUUCGUGUUAGCCAGCUAACCUCUUUUACCUGCUAACCUUAACCAACUAGGUGACAUGACAGGAUUAUUUAGUUAUUUCUUGAUCAUAUUUGUUAUUAAUCUUCAGCUAGCUAACGAGCUAACCUGACAGGAUUUCUGAUGGAAUUGUCUUCAUUCAUUUUCAUCUCUUUUUCAUUUAAGGCUAGUCAGAUAGCUAACUUCAAGUUCAAGUGGGUUUUUAUCGUCUUUCCUCUAUAUAGAUUGUAUACAUUGGAAGGAAAUGACGUUCCUUCAGGACCACGGUGCAACACAGAACAGUAGGCUACGCAAGACUACAUAAAGUGCACGGCAUGGGCUGUAAACUGUAAGUUAUCGUGUAAUGUAGUAGCACAAGUAGAGCAGCAGGUGAGUUUUUGGAGGAAGCA